GCCAAAUUGCCGUUGAGGGACAGACCAUCUGUCUACGUCUCCAAACAACCCUCAAUUUUCUCCGUUUUCCGAAACACAGCAUAACGAUUAUAACGCAGAAUCAGAUUUCGAUAGGAUCGAGUGAGUUCCUCUGUUGUUCCAAGUCAAUAUGGAUGUUCCAACCUCAUGGGACGCUUUGCGGAAGCAGGCGAGGAAACUUGAAGCUCAGUUGGAUGAGCAGAUAGUUUCCUAUCGUAGAUUGGUUUACAUAAAGGUCUCUACAAAAGUUGAUACUUCUGAGAAUGAUCUGGAGUCUGGGAUAGACCGGCUACUGAAACAACUUCAACAAGUCAAUGAACAAAUGCAAGCCUGGGUUUCAUCAGGUGGCUCAGAAAUGGUUUCUCACACCUUGACUCGGCAUCAAGAAAUUCUUCAGGAUCUGACGCAGGAAUUUUAUAGACUUCGCUCAAGCCUUAGAGCUAAGAAGGAACAUGCUUCGCUUCUUGAAGAUUUUAGGGAGUUUGAUCGUACAAGAUUAGACUUGGAAGAUGGUGAUGUUUCAGAAGAGCAAGGUCUUCUGAAGGAACAUGCAUCCAUUAGCCGGAAUACAGGACAGAUGGAUACUGUGAUAUCCCAAGCUCACGCAACACUUGGCACGCUUGUACUUCAACGUUCAACAUUUGGGGGCAUAAAUUCAAAGCUUAGCAAUGUUAGCAGCCGCCUCCCAUCGGUAAAUCAAAUUCUCUCAGCAAUAAAGAGGAAAAAAUCUAUGGAUACGAUCAUACUUUCCCUCGUUGCAUCCGUGUGCACGUUUCUCAUCUUCAUAUACUGGUUGACAAAGUGAGGAUUUGAUUUUGUUUGCCUGCAGAUGAUUAGCUGAAGUUGCCAUAUCCUUAUCGUUACGCUUGUUGGUGCAUUCAGCGAGGGGUAUGGUGGCACAUUCUUAGUAGGUGGUGUAUAAAUUUUUUUUUUCCCGCUGUAAUCCCUUUUAAAGGUCCACACGAACUGACAAUAGGCACAUACUUUGUAUCAUUCAUGAGGGGAGACCAAAAGUAAGAUAUUGAUGUCACUGCCCUGAGUCCUGUGAGGGAAUACCGUGCUCAAUUCACUGCUUAAGCAUAAAUGAUUUGGGAAGUUUCAUAUUUGCAGUCA